GCAGUGACGGACCGCAGCGGAGCGGCACAGAAUGAUCCAGCGAGGAGGGGACACAGUGAGACACACAGGGAGCAGCAGGAGGAGGAACCGACAACACAACAACAACACCGAGCGGUACCGUCGUGACAGCAGCUCGGAAACACUCGAGAGGACGGCGUUUUCCUCCCAUGAGUUUUUAGAGACAGCUCCAUUGCUCUUGUCGUAGGCAGUCCGUCGUCACCAUGACAGCGGAGGAAACCAUAAACGUGAAGGAGGUGGAGAUCAUCAAGGUGAUCUUGGACUUUCUCAACUCCAGGAAGUUGCACAUCAGCAUGCUGGCUCUGGAAAAGGAGAGCGGCGUCAUCAAUGGCCUCUACUCUGACGACAUGCUCUUCCUCAGGCAACUGGUUCUCGAUGGCCAGUGGGAUGAGGUGUUGCAGUUCAUUCAGCCUUUGGAGUGCAUGGACAAGUUUGACAGGAAAAGGUUUCGAUACAUCGUCCUCAAGCAGAAGUUCCUGGAGGCCCUGUGUGUCAAUAACGCCAUGUCUGCGGAAGACGAGCCGCAGCACUUGGAGUUCACCAUGCAGGAAGCAGUCAAGUGUCUCCAUGCCCUGGAGGAGUUCUGUCCCUCUAAAGACGACUACAGCAAACUGUGUCUGCUCCUCACACUGCCCCGCCUCACAAACCAUGCAGAGUUCAAGGACUGGAACCCGAGCACGGCCAGGGUGCAGUGUUUUGAGGAGGCGUGCACCAUGGUGGCAGAGUUCAUCCCUGCAGACAGGAAGCUCAGCGAGGCUGGAUUCAAGGCCAGCGGCGACAGACUCUUUCAGCUGCUUCUCAAGGGAGUGCUCUAUGAGUGCUGUGUGGAGUUCUGUCAGAGCAAGGCGACAGGUGAGGAGAUCACGGAGGGCGAGAUCCUCCUGGGGGUCGACAUGCUGUGCGGGAACGGCUGCGACGACCUGGACUUGUCUCUGCUCUCCUGGAUGCAGAACCUGUCCCACAGCGUCUUCUCCUGCGCCUUCGAACAGAAGCAGCUCAACAUCCACGUGGACCGCCUGGUGAAGCCCGCCAAGGCCGGCUACGCCGACCUCCUCACGCCGCUCAUCAGCAAGCUCUCGCCGUACCCCUCCUCCCCGCUCCGCCGCCCGCAGUCGGCCGAUACGUACAUGUCGCGCUCCUUGAACCCAGCGUUGGACGGGUUGUCGUACGGGCUGUCCGGGCAGGACAAGAGAGCGAGCGGCGGGGAGAUGCCGCCGGGGAAAGGGGUCUCUCCCAUGUCCCACUCGUUCGCCAACUUCCACUACCCUGGAGCGGGGGGCCAGAGCCUGAGCCGGAGCCUGAUGAUGGAGAGCUCCGACUGCCACAGCAUCUUUGAGGAAUCCCCAGAAACGUCAAGGACAGAAACACCUGUGGACAAGAUGAUGAGCUCAGGUGGAGCCCAGAACAUGCGUCCUGCCUCGGCUCCAGGCGAGGACGCGCCAGCAGCCGGUACAGCUGACAGGAACGAGCUCCGUGACUCGACAGAGAAGUAUGAGGAGUUUUACCGCCAGCGCCUCCGUGUGCAGCAGCAUCUGGAGCAGAAGCAGCAGCAGAGGCAGAUGUACCAGCAGAUGCUGCUGGAGGGAGGGGUCCAGCAGGAGCCCCCGCCCAGCGACAUGCAACACAGCCUCACAGAAAAGUUCCUCAACAGGUCCAUCCAGAAGCUGGAAGAGCUCAACGUGGGGAUGGAGAACUUAGGAGAGGAGGUGAAGUCUCUGGCGCAGCAGUGCAAUGGCAACGGGAACACGCCCGCCACCGAGGACAACAAUAACCCUCCAUCUGUGACCCCGGAGCAGAGCCGGACCCCAAAGGGAGGGGUGCUGUCUAGCACCCCGCAGCGCACCGUCGGGGGCCGCACGGUCCCACCCCCAAAUGAAUCUCCUGUCGUCUCUCAGAGCGGGCAGAAACCAAAAGGAGGUCAGCAGGACGACUCUCCGGGUUCUUUAUCCCGAAGUAAAGAGGGUGAAAAAACAAAAAGCCUGUUUGUGCCGGUUCAUUCUUUGGAAGAUACUCAGGCUAUUCGGGCCGUUGCCUUUCACCCGUCUGGAGCUCUGUAUGCUGUGGGAUCGAACUCCAAAACCCUACGAGUGUGCGCUUACCCAGAAACACUGGACACGAGCGGCUCAGCUCCAGUGAAGCAGCCGGUCGUUCGCUUCAAGAGGAACAAACACCACAAAGGGUCCAUCUACUGCGUGGCCUGGAGUCACUGUGGGCAGCUGCUGGCCACAGGCUCCAAUGACAAAUACGUCAAAGUCCUGCCUUUCAGCGCAGAGACGUGCAACGCCACAGGCCCAGACCUGGAGUUCAGCAUGCACGACGGCACCAUCAGAGACCUGGCCUUCAUGGAGGGUCCGGAAAGCGGGGGAGCCAUCUUGAUCAGCGCCGGAGCAGGAGACUGUAACAUCUACACCACAGACUGUCAGAGGGGACAGGGUCUGCAUGCCCUCAGUGGACACACAGGUCAUAUUCUGUCUCUGUAUACAUGGGGAGGGUGGAUGAUUGCCUCCGGCUCUCAAGACAAGACGGUGCGUUUCUGGGACCUCAGGGUACCCAGCUGUGUUCGAGUAGUGGGAACUGCUUUCCAUGGCUCAGGCAGUCCCGUUGCCUCGGUGGCAGUCGAUCCGAGCGGUCGUCUCCUAGCAACAGGACAGGAAGACAGUGCAUGCAUGCUGUAUGACAUCAGAGGAGGACGCAUCGUCCAGGUGUACCGGCCGCACACCAGCGACGUCCGGUCCGUUAGGUUUUCCCCUGGAGCGCACUACCUUCUCACUGGUUCCUAUGACACAAAGGUCAUGGUCAGCAACCUCCAAGGUGACCUGACCAAACCGUUGCCUCUGACCGUGGUGGGAGAGCACGGCGACAAGGUGAUUCAGUGUCGGUGGCACACGGAAGACCUGUCCUUCCUCUCGUCCUCUGCCGACCGCACUGUCACUCUGUGGACACACAAUCCUUAACACACACGCACACACAAACCAGCAGGCGAUAUAAUCUAAAAGACACACAUUCCCCUACAACGACACUUCUCCUCCUGCAUCAUAAACACCGCCGCACCCUUUCAGCACACUUCGAUCUGAAAAACACGCGCAGGUACACAAACGGGUGAACGAGGCGUCGCUCCUGUCUGUCCAAACCAAAUGGAUACAAACUCUGGACACGUUAAAAGCACACACACGCUGCAUGUUCUGCUUUCUUUUCUGAUCCUACACGUUCAUCCCCCUUUGAUCGAGGUGUACACAUCCAAGAUUAUUCACCCCCUAGUCCACGUGGUGUCACCCAACAUUUUCACUCCCUACACACACAAACACACACACACACACACACACACACCAGUCAGUUGCUGCAUGUCCUUUAUACUGGGGAGUUGUAGACAGGAGUGCUUAGUUCAUGAUGGUGCCUUCCUUGAGUUCUCAGUUUCCAUGAUGACGAUGAUGAUAUGGUCAUUUUUCAAGAUCAAAUUUUGUUAUUUUGAGAAGUCAUACAUUCCAUUUUUUUUUUCUUUUAGCGUAUCAUUUUCUAACAGCCAGUGUAAUGCUGCUAUCGUUAAACAAAAGUCGCCGUAACGUGUAAUUUUUCAGUGUCGGUAGUGAGCUUCUCCUGUCUGAAGGCUGGAUCCGUGGACGUUCUACGUUGUCGAUCAGCCGUCUGUGGGAUGCCUGAUGUUACUGUAUCUACUGCAUUACUACAACUGAAAAUGUAUAAUAUUAGCUAGUGCAUUUAUUUUAAAUUUGAAAUCAGUGUUUGUUUUUUUUUGUGCUGAAGCUGUUCCGGUGUCUUGCAGUGGCUUGCUUGCAAUAGAAGGUCGUUAUUGUGUGUGCAUCAAAGGGAAAUACAACCUGUCCUUUUUCGGCUGCUUACGUUCUAGUUGGGACGAGUUUUAAAAGCUUUUGGUUUGUCUCCUGCUGUAUUAGUGGAAUAACAGUAGGGGGCAGUCUUCGGCCAUAACAAAGGUCUAACCAUAUGCACGAGGAUGGUGUUUUGGUAUUUAUUUAGAACCAGUAUUUGGGGCAUUGUAUUAUUUUACAUGCGCACUUUCUUUUAACAUUUGUCUUCUAAUAUUGAUUUACUGACAGAGAUGCACAUUUAAGUUUUAUCUUCAUGUAUAGUGUAUAUUGUUUUAACAAAUAAGGCCAAACUAAUACGUACAUAGAUGUAUUUAUUUCAUUUGUGUUAAUGUAUGUACAGAUUUGUUUUUGAAAUGCUAGUGGCUCUCGUAUGAAGCCUUUCUAAUUGUUUUUAAAAGUGACUUUAAAUUAAUUCAAGCUAACUGAAGUCUGAUUGCUGGUACGUUCAAUAAAGUGUCUUUUACACAAA